AUGAAAUGUUUGUUAUAUUUUCUUCAAAAUAUACUGUUCAGCUUUUUAUCAGUUCAGUGUGAUGCAUAUAAUGUGAAAAGUGAGAAUGUGUUGCAGCUUCUCGGAGACAAUGUUAAAAUUUCCCAGGUGAAACCAUCCAUUGAUAUAUCACCGGAUUACUUGAAAUGGUCUGAAAAUCAGCAAAAAUACUUCACAUCAAUGAAAAAUAAUGCAGUACCAAGGAAUGCAGUUUAUAAAUCACAGGCUUCAACUACUCCAUCCGGUCAAGCUUUCAUAAACUCUCAAAGUUCAUUAUCAACAAAUAAUAAACAACUUUAA